AUGAAUAAAGAGAGUUCUAGCGCAAUUACGAUGAUCGAGCAAAGUGAUUCUGAAGAUGUUUCAUCUUUAAAAAGUCUUUCUAGAACUCAACUUGCACAUAUAGCAGACGAUACUUUGAACAAGCUCAAAGCUGGCUGGUACCGUUCAUCUCAAGGUCCUCGGAUUAAUCUUGCCGAAGAUGUCAUAUUUUCUGUGGAGAACAGUGUUCUUUACACAGAAAAUGAUCUAGAAAACACAAAGAAAUUAAUCUUAACUACUAAUGAAACAAGUUCAACAUCAUUCGCAAUGGCUACAUCUUCAUGUCCAAAAAUAGAAGUUCGUCAUUGUACAACUUUACAAGCAGCUCAAUCUUUAGUUGCUGAGAUAGGUGAAGAUCGUGUUGGAGUAUUAAAUUUUGCAUCUGCUAAAAAUCCAGGAGGAGGUUUUCUAAGAGGUAGCAAUGCACAAGAAGAAUCACUUGCAAGAUCUUCAUCACUUUAUUCCACACUUACUCAAACUAGAUUUUUUACGGAAUAUUAUGGUUACAACAGACGUGGUAAAAGCGGUGUCUACAGUCAUCGGAUCAUCUAUUCACCAAGAGUAACUAUUUUCAAAGAUGAUAAUGGAAAUUUAUUAUUUUCUCCGUAUCAUGUUGGUAUAGUAACAGUUCCUGCUCCUAAUGCUAGUGUUGUUCGUCAAGCAGAACUAGUUAAAAGUACUAUGAUGGAACGUAUUAGACAUUUAUUGAAUGUUUUCGAAGCCAACAAACACGAUAGUCUUGUAUUAGGAGCAUUUGGUUGUGGUGUUUUCAAAAAUGAUCCAUUCGAUGUGGCUACUAUGUUUCGACAAUAUUUAGAAUUGGAUGAGUUCAGAAACUCUUUUAAACGAAUCAUAUUUGCAGUUUUCAAUGUUGACAUGUGUCAAAUAUUUAAGCAAGUAUUCACUGAUUCCGAUUUUGUUACAGCAACACAUACAUCUUGUUAUUUUCAUUUCACACAAGCCAUUUAUCGAGCGAUACAACGAGUCGGUUUAUCAACAAGUUAUAAUAAUAAUGAUGAUGUUAAACAAUAUUGUCGAAAGUUGAUGGCUCUUUCCCUAUUGCCAGAAGCUAUUAUUGAAAAUACAUAUGAUGAAUUAAUUGCAGCAAUGUCAAUAAACUUGAAAAACGUACUGAAUGAUUUAAUGGAAUAUUUUCAAGAGCAAUGGUUUGUGAAAGUUUCGAUUUCUCAAUGGUGUGUUCAUGGUAUGAAUAUGAGAACCAAUAAUAAUGCCGAGGCAUUUCAUAGUCGUUUUAAUCGUCGAGUACAAGUUAAUCAUCCAAAUAUUUGGUCGUUUAUAAAAUUUCUACAAGGAGAAGAGAAUCGUUUUCAUCAUAUGCGUAUUCAAUUUAGUGCAGGCUUAGGACCAAGACCAAAGCAAGCAAAAACAAUUGCUAUUCAACGUCGUAUAGAUAAUCUUGGUGAACGAUAUUAUGACUGUGCUAUAAAUGCUAUGGAAUACUUAGAUGGAUUAUCAUUUAUAGUUGCUAAACGAAAAAAAUGA